AUGGCCGAGGCAAUAGGCACAGCAAUAGGCGUAGUAGGUUUCCUAGGCCAGCUCUUUGACGGCUGCGUCAAACUCGCCCUCCUCGAGUCCUCCUCCGCAGACUCCUACCCGCAGCUCACCGCCUCCGCCAACCUCAAAAAGCUACGCAUCAACCUCGACGCCGAACCCCAGGCCUCCUUCCGCCCGACCUUCGCCUUCCGCAUCCCCCGUACGGACCUCGACCUCAGCUCGUCCCCGCCAACGACGACGCCCUUGCUCUCACCACCGUUACCAACGUCGCCCACCCCCGGAACCGGCACCAAACGCCGCAACUCCUCCACCGCAAAAGCAGCCUCAUCACCCUCCUCCUCCUCCCUGAACCUCCUCUCCCUAGCAUCAACAACAAACACAACCCGCACUCACGCAACACACACAACCCACGGCCCGGUCCUCGUAGAAUGGGUCGAAUACGACCCCUCCUCGCCCGACGAACGCUUCCUCCACCUCCGCCGUCUCGACGACCUCGCCCGCAUGAUGCACUCGGCCUCCUCCAACCACCCGGACCUGCACACGAUAGACUGCGUAGGCUACACAGACGACGCGAACAACGCCCGCUACGGCCUCGUCUACCGCUGUCCCUUACUCUCUCAACCAUCUUUACCUUCGGACUCCCUGCCCAUCACAAAAACCAAGACUAAGACCAAGGCCAACACCGACACCGUAGCAGCAGCAGCAGAAGCAUCACAGCCACAACCAGCAACAUCCCACUCAACCCUCCACACCCUAAUCUCCUCCCCAGACCUCAAAACUCCCGACCUAGACGACCGCAUAACCCUCGCGUCAACCCUCGCCUGCGCCCUCUGGUCCCUCCACUCCCUAGACUGGCUCCACAAGUCCCUCUGCAGCGCAAACAUCCUCUUCUUCCCCUCCGCCGCCUCCCUCGCAGCAACCCGCGCCACCACCGUCUCCGCCGCCGUCGUCCCGGACAUCGGAUCCCCCUACCUCGUCGGCUUUGACGCCUCUCGCCCAGACUUUGACGCCGAGAUGAGCGUCAAUCCGCGGAACCCCAGCAUCCUCGACCUCCACAGAGAUCCGCGUUCGCUGGGCACUGGCCUCGGGAGGAAGCAGUACUGCAAGGGCUAUGAUGUGUACAGCCUGGGCCUGGUGCUGUUGGAGAUUGGACUGUGGAAGGUGCUGCAAACAUACUACAAGCCGCAUUACUCGGCGGAGAAGUGGAGGGAUAGGGUCAUUUUGCCAGUCUUGGUCCCGGGAUUGGGUAGCAAGACCGGAAAGUUGUACAAGCAGGUGGUCGAAAAGUGUCUGACAGCCAAUGAUGACAUGUCCAGCAGUGAGGCUGGGCAACUCAUGGAAUGGGUGGUCACAACAUUGGAAAGCAUACGCACAUAG